CUCAACCAAGUCAGGGAGGGAAGGAUUAGAAAGCAAAGGACCGAACACGGGGCAGAGAGGGAGAAGGGAAGAGCUUUAUGGAAGCAUAAAUCUUUGGCUUUUUAUCCUAAUUUUGAGUUAAAAGAGAUUUCGGGGCACUCACUUCUUUGUUUCUUUUCUCUCACACUCCUCACUCUUUGCCACCAGCUGCCCGCCAGGUUUCUGUCUUCAUCAUGAGCUGCCCCUCCGGCUCCUCGAUUGGACUCCUCCUCCUCCUGAUUGGCUAUGCCGCUGCAGGUCCUGAGCCCCACCUUCUGCCUCGAGCGGUGCGUUCAAGCGCCUGUCAGGAGCACACGAAUCUUCACCACCGCCUGGACGUAGUGGAGAAGCAAGUGGAGGACACAGUUGAAAAGUUGGAGGUUGAGCUGGCUGCUCUUCUGGAUGCCAUUGAGGCCCCAAAGUGGCGCCACCUGAUGGACAAUGUGGGAAAGACAGCUGUGGACAUCCUUGAAGAUCCAGUGGAGAGAAGCCAGUCCUGAGCCAAGCAGACAUCCAUAUAGGGUGGACUUUGAAUUUCCUUGUUAAAGAGAAACUGUCUAUGCAUUUAUUCUAUAUUUUUCCAUAUGAAGUUUGUAUCAUACAAAAAUAAAAUUGUUUUGAACAAA